GGGCCUGUUGCACAAAAGUAGAAUUAAGACAUCCGGGAUAAAUGACUCAGCUGAGCUCAAUGAAGCCAAAACAUGUGCGUCCAGGCUUAAUUGGUUGCACAAAGACCAAGCCAGGAUGAGCAGACACGGAUUCAUUAAGCCAGGUGAAACCAAUCCUGGAUAGGUGCGCGCUCACGGCUCACUCAAAUAGACCCCGCCACAGAUCACAGAUUAACUGAUUUACCAUGGCAACUAGAGCCGCGUACUUUUCCCCGUCGGAAGCACAAAUCCUCAUGGAGGCAUACGAGGAGGUAAAAGAUAUAAUUAAGAAGAAAGGCAACACCGCCACAGUGAUAAAGCAAAGAGAAAAAGCGUGGCAAAGUAUUGCAGACCGCCUGAAUGCGUAAGUAGUGCACAAUUACACACUCACCGCUCCGCUGAAACAUCACAAUUACAAUUCAAAUAUUUAAUUCACAUCUCCAAAAAUGCACUUGUACUGUAAUUAUGAAACGGUUACAUUUUUAAUUGAAAUGCACUGCAGAUAUGAGUGAAAUUGUGUAAAGUAACUCCAUCACACUGUAUAAAGCUAUGAUAAUUUUUUUGAUAUUUUUACUGAAAACAAGACAAAAAUACCAAGUAAUUUUUUGCAGUGUGACUCCAUUAAAUGUGUGUGUGUGUGUGUGUGUGUGUGUGUGUGUGUGUGUGUAGAUUAAACAUGAACGGGCCAAAACGGACAUGGCAGCAGGUCAAAAUCAAAUACAAGAACAUUCUGCAGAAUGCAGUGAAAAAGAAUACCCACAGACAAGGCACGGGUGGUGGGUCACCAAAGGCUGACCUUACCCCAGCAGAGGACAUGGCCUUGGAGCUAAAUAAAGGCAGGCCCGUCUUAGAGGGGAUCCCUGGGGGGAAAGAGACGAGCAUAGGUUCCUCCCAAGAUGCCACCCGCUUCAUUCAAGUGCCUGGCAGCACUGUGUUCCUGUUAGAGCCACCAGCACAAGCACCAGACGAUGCUGAUCCAGGUGAAGGCCCCAGUGCAGCAGCAACAGCACAUGAUGGAGACGAUGAUGAGGAGGAGACCAUCUCUCUGGAUUCCAGAAGGCAUGAGGACCCAGAUGCUAUACAGUGGGAAAACCAGCCUGGCAACAUAAGCUCACAAGCUAUCAGAAAGUUGUAUGGCAACCACCUCCGGCACCAAAUAGAACUGGCAGACAUAGACAUUCAGUACAAGAAGAAAAAGAUGGAAAAUCUUGCACUGGAGUCCGAAAUAAAAAAGAGGACAAUUAGGAAACUGGACCUUGAAAUAAAAAAAACUUGAGAGGGAGGUGAGAUAUGCCUUCAAUGUACACUGUAUGCUAACUGUAACACAAAUGUAUUAAUCAUUAUUUUUCUUUCCUCCCCCAGCUCCAAGAAGAUGACACAGCUCAAAAUAAAAAUUAGCAAUCAGUACAACCAAGUCAUCGUUAUAAGGCAUCGCCCUCUUUUGCCCACCCCCAGCACCAGGUGUGGCCACUAGCCUAUAUGAAGGCCCAAAAUUGUGUGUUCCUUUCUGCUCUGACAAUGGCAUGCCCAUUCGUGCGAGAUGUGGUGGAUGAAGAAGCACUUGUGCUGAGGAGAGCCUUCAGGCGAGAAAGGGUCUUCAGGGACCGGUUGGACCCACUGGCCUUCCCUGAUGACCAUCUAUAUGAAAGAUACAGGUUUUCUGCAGAUGGCAUCAGGUAUCUAUGCAGACUACUGGGUCCCAGGAUUAAGCACCGCACUGCACGGAGCCAUGCACUGAGUGUGGAGCAAAUGGUUUGUGUGGCCUUGCGCUUUUUUGCUAGUGGAGCCUUCCUGUACUCAGUGGGGGAUGCAGAACAGCUGAACAAGGCCACAAUUUGCCACACAAUAAGGAGUGUGUGUCUGGCUAUCAAAGCAUUAGCAGAUGUCUUCAUCUCCUUCCCUGGCCACAGAAGACUCUGUGACAUCAAAGAGGAGUUCUAUAGGAUUGCAGGUUUCCCCAAUGUCAUUGGUGCAGUGGACUGCACACACAUAAGGAUAAAAGCCCCCUCAGGUGCCCAUGAGGCCGAUUUUGUGAAUAGGAAAUCCUUUCACAGCAUUAAUGUUCAGAUGGUCUGCAAUGCUGACUGUGUGAUCAGCAAUGUUGUGGCAAAAUGGCCUGGCUCAGUCCAUGACUCCAGAAUCUUUCGGGCCUCUGAAAUCUAUCAGUGCCUAUCACAAGGUGAAUUCUCUGGUGUGUUGCUGGGAGACAGGGGGUAUGGCUGCCAGCCUUUUCUCCUGACACCUUUCACAGACCCCCAGGAAGCACAGCAGGCCUACAACCAUGCCCAUGCCAGGACCAGGGCCAGAGUUGAAAUGACCUUUGGCCUCCUGAAGGCACGCUUUCACUGCCUUCACAAAUUAAGGGUCAGCCCUGUUAGGGCAUGUGAUAUUACUGUGGCUUGUGCUGUCCUCCACAAUGUGGCCUGCCUGAGGAAGGAGAGGGCCCCCAGAGUGCCACCAGCCAUGGACUGGGACAAUCCGGCAAUCUUCCCUGAUGACGACAGUGGUCGGCUGCUGAGGGACCAAUAUGUGUUGAAUUAUUUUAGUUAGUAUGUGUGCUUUCAAUUUUGGUUAAAUAUGUCCUGCGGUGGCAGAGGAAUUUGGG